GACAGAUUUUGGGAACUUUUGAUGAGUGCUGAUAAAAAAUGCUACGAAAAAAUCUGCUGGGAGUACGGGGUCACGGAUUUCCGCUGGAUGCUGAAGAAACUGAACGAGAAGAAGCUGGAAAGGGAACAUGAGCAAGAAAAGGUUGUUGAGAGAUUGUGUAAUCUGAAACCCAUUGAAAUGAAAGCAAACGGUGAAGCAGAGUUUGAACUUGAAAUGUCACUCAGGGACGCUGCAAGCAGAAUCUUCUUGUUUAAGGACGGUGUUAUGGUUCCUUUUGACGACGACACAGACGACAAGCACGCCUUGAGGCAAGUGGGGAAGAGGUUUGUGUUUAGCAUCAAUGGCGUUAGCCCAGAAGACGCCGGAUUGUACCAAGUGGAGGUUGACGGAGUUAAAAUCUUCUCGACUGACUUGAAAGUUCCCAGUGUAGACUUUCUGGUGAAGAUUCAGGACGUCAAAGCAGAAGAAAGGGAAGAUGCCGUGUUUCAGUGUGUCGUUUCGCAACCCAUUAAAAAAAUUAACUGGAAGGGAAAGAAUAUUUCACUGGAGCAAGGAGACAAAUAUGAUAUCAUUGUGUCAGAGGAUAUGCUGAUUCAUACUCUGGUGGUGAAGGACUGCCUGGUAUUUGAUAAAGGAAUUUAUGCAGCUGAUAUUGGACUUCAAUCCUGCAGCGCCUGGCUCAUGGUGGAAGCUGACAAUGAUCCAAACUCUCGCGGAAAGAAGAAAGCACGCAAAACAACGCGAGCAGGCGGUGGUGGAGAAGAGCUGUUGAAGAUCGCAGAGGAGCAACAGGCCAAGUUACAAAAGGAGAGAGAGGAGAUGAUUCAAAAGAAGAAGAAGAGAGUGCGAACAGGCCCGCUUGUUCCUGAUACUGUUAUCGGUAAGAAAGAAAAAAAAACCCCUUCAGACCCAGGGGUUUACUUCACCAGUGGUCUCUCAGACAUCAGUGCAAUUAUUGAUACUGAGACGGAGCUGGUCUGCAGACUGAGCAGCGAAAACUGUGAAGGGGUCUGGUACAAAGAUGGGAGAGAGGUGACAGCCACUGAAGAGAUGUACUUUGUUAACGAUGGGACUUAUCGCAAGCUAGUGUUCAAAAACUGCAAGGAAGAGGACAAUGGGAAAUAUCGAUAUGAAGCUGAUGGCCGUAAAACAGAAGCAAUGCUGGUUGUGGAAGAUCCUCCAAGACUCAACCAGGAUGAUCUAGACCACUUUAUGAAACCGGUUGUCGUAAAGACUGGUAAAGACGCAGCCUUCAAGCUGAACUUUGUGGGCCGCGAACCCUUGAAGAUCCAGUGGUACAACGAAGGUGAAGAGCUGCUGGAGGACCCCCACCUCAGAAUUGAAAAGUCUGGCUCACACAGUCGCCUGCUGCUUCUGAAGUGCAACCGCAAGACCAGGGGAGAAAUAAAGCUGAAGAUUAAGAAUGAAUUUGGAACAGCAGACGCAAUUACCCAGCUCAUUGUAUUAGACAGGCCAACACCGCCGCUGGGCCCUGUAGACAUAAUUGAAAGCUCGGCAUCCUGCAUCGAUUUCAAAUGGAGGCCUCCCAAAGACAAUGGAGGCUCCCCGAUUACCAACUACAUCCUGAAACGCCAGCAAAUUGGUCGGAACAGUUGGAAGAAAUUGGGAAAAAUAGGACCCGAAGCAAAAUACAGGGACACAGAUGUGGAUCACGGGCGAAAGUACUGCUAUCACAUCAGGGCUGAAAAUGAUCAAGGCAUUAGUGAAAUGAUGGAAACUGAUGACAUUCAGGCAGGGACCAAAGCAUACCCUGGACCACCCACUGGCCUGAAAGUUAUAAGUGCUUUCAAAGACUGCAUCAACCUUGCAUGGUCUGAGCCUUCAAAUACCGGUCGAACCAACAUUUUGGGUUACAAUGUGGAGAAACGAAAGAACGGAAGCAAUCUUUGGGGCCUAGUCAACCCACCAGAGGAACCCAUUAAAGAGAAGAAGUAUGCUGUUAAAGACGUUGUUGAGGGCAUCGAGUACGAGUUCCGCGUUUCAGCUAUCAACAUUUCUGGUGCUGGCGAGCCAAGUGCACCUUCCGAGUUCGUUUUUGCCCGAGAUCCAAAGAAGCCCCCGGGAAAAGUCACGGACUUGAAGGUGACUGAUUCGACGUACACCACCUUAUCUUUAAGCUGGACCAAACCUAAGGAAAAAGAAGGAGUCCAGGAUGAGGCCAAAGGGUAUUUUGUGGAGCUCAGGACAGCAGACAACCCAGAAUGGGGUCGCUGUAACUCCAGUGUAAUUAUUGUGAACUCUUUCACCAUCAUGGGCCUCAAGUCCAUGGCCAUGUACUGGGUGAGAGUUGUCGCCACCAACGAAGGUGGAGACAGUGAACCUGAAGAGUUGGACAACCAUAUAAUCGCAAUGCCUCCCCCAGUGAGACCUCAUUUUACUGACAAGAAAAUUAAGAACUUUAUUGUUGCAAGAACUGGGAACUCCGUAAGGCUCAACUACAACUUUAAGGGCUCUCCAAAACCGACCGUUACAUGGAUGAAGGACGGUCUUCCUGUUCCUAAGCAUGUGACAGUGAGCAAUUCAGACACAUCUUCACAAUUAAUAAUCACUUCGUCCGAGCGUCAGGACACCGGACUCUACACCCUUAUCUUGAAGAAUAUGGUUGGACAGGUGACCUCCAGUGUUGAGAUAAGAGUGACAGAUGACCCCAAGCCUCCAGGCCCGGUGGAGUUGGAAGAGAACGUGUCUGGCACCAUCACAAUCGCGUGGACGGCCUCUCCGGAUGAGAAGAAAGAUGACAGGCUCCACUACACCAUCAGCAAGCGUGACUCUGUCAAGCGGACGUGGCAAGCCGUCGCUGACCAUCUCUUCAACAACAAGUUCACCGCGGUCAACAUCAUGCCUGGCAGGCAGUACAAGUUCCGGGUCUACGCUAAGAACGACAUGGGGACUUCCAAGCCCUCGGAGUCGCCCACCUGGGAGGUGAAGAGAGAGAAAGAGUCAUUUGCUUUGAACCUUCCGGACUCCAAGGACUGCCGCUUUGAGGCACCUCCCGCCUUCUCCGUGCCACUUAAAAUGCACAACGCUCCCGAGAGCUACGAAUGCUACAUGAGCUGCGCUGUGACGGGAAACCCUAAACCUUACAUCACUUGGUACAGAAACAACGUCAGCCUCAACACCAACGCCAACUACUACAUCACCAACACGUGCGGGGUGUGCUCCAUGGCCAUACUCAAGGUGGGGCCCAGGGACCGCGGGGACUACACGGUUGUUGCGGAGAACGCCCUGGGAAGAGUGGAGUGUUCCACCAAACUUGUUGUCAAAGAGUCGGUGGCGGGCUCGUGAACAACCGACGACUCCUGCUGCUUUAAGAACGACGACAAACAAUACAUUAAGUGACAGAGUAUUGCCAUGCUUUUUGCUCAGUUAAAAUAUUUGUAAUGAGUAAAUAAUUCCAGUACUCAAAAGCAGUGAAGCUGUCACCUUGUGUAAAUGGUAAAUAAAAAGAGAAAACAACAAAUCCUUUUCAACUUAUAUUUAAUUGAAUAGACUGAUAAUUCAUGAUCACACUGAGAAACUUUGUUAUUUUUUUUGCAAAUAAUCAUGAACUUAGAAUUUAAUGCCAGCAAAAGGCAUUUUUACCAGUGUGUUACAUGGCCUUUCCUUUUAACAACACUCAGUAAAGGUUUGGGAACUGAGGAGACAUUUUUGAAGUGGAAUUAUUUCCCAUUCUUGCUUGAUGUACAGCUUAAGUUGUUCAUCAGUCUCCCUUCUCAUAUUUUAGCCUUCAUAUGGCACCACACAUCUUCAAUGUCUGGACUACAGGCAGGCCAGUUUAGUACCCGCACUCUUUUAUUAUGAAGCCAUGCUGUUGUAACACCUGGCAUGGCAUUGUCUUGCUGAAAUAAGCAAGGGCGUCCAUGAUAACGUUGCUUGGAUGGCAAAGUAUGUUGCUUUAAAAGCUGUAUGUACCUUUCAGCAUUAAUGGUGCCUUCACAGAUGUGUAAGUUACCCAUGCUUUGGGCACUAAUACACCCCCAUACCAUCACACAUGCUGCCUUUUACACUUUGACCCUAGAACAGUCCGGAUGGUUCUUUUCCUCUUUGUUCCGGUGGACACCAUGUCCACAGUUUCCAAAAACAAUUUGAAAUGUUAACUCAUCAGACCAGAAAACACUUUUCAACUUUGCAUCAGUCCAUCUUGCUGGUCUCCUCCUGGCCCCACUAUGGACCUGACUCUCACUAUUAUGUUAGAUCCACUAUGGACUGGACUUUCACAAUAUUAUGUCAGACGCACUCGGCGUCCAUUGCAUCCAGUCUCCCCUAGAGGCCCUCUCCAAGGUUUCUCAUAGUCAUUCUCAUUUAUGUCCUAAUGGGUUGUGAAGUUUUCCUUGCCCUUAUGUGGGCGCUGAACCGCGUAUGUCGUUGUGUCUUGUGCAGCCCUUUGAGACACUUGUGAUUUAGGGCUAUAUGAAUAAACAUUGAUUGAUUGAUUGAUUGGUUGAUUGAUUGAUCUUAGAUAAGUUCGGCCCCAGCAAAGCCGGCGGCGUUUCUGGGUGUUGUUGAAAAAUGGCUUAGGAUUAGCAUGGUAGAGUUUUAACUUGCACUUACAGAUGUAGCGACCAACUGUAGUUACUGACAGCAUAGGCGCCAAUCUACAUUUCUGUCAGUGGGAGCUCAGUGUGUGUGUAUUAAAAAAAAAAUUGACAUUCAACGAAGUUAAUAUCCGAUAUGAUUUGUGGCUUUAUUAUUUGUAAAACCGACCACACUUGCCACAAAUUUAACUACAACAAGACUGCUUCUUCAAAAUGUAUUUUAAAAAUUCAAAGUUGCCAUCAAUCUCAUGAGGGUGCUCGGCAUUGUCCGUGGAUGCUCGGGCCCUGAAGCACCCACGAGAUUGGCGCCUAUGACUGGUAAAGGUUUUCUAGAGUGUUCCUGAGCCCAUGUGGUGAUAUCUUUUACACACUGAUGUGGCUUUUUUGAUGCAGCAGCGCCUGAGGGAUGCAAGGUCACGAGCAUUCAAUGUUGCUUACGUAGAUUUCUCCAGAUUCUUUGAACCUUUUGAUGAUAUUACGGAGCACAGAUGGUGGAAUCCCUAAAUUCCUUGAAAUAGCUGCUUGAGAAAUGUUGUUCUUAAAAAAUUUGCUCAGGCAUUUGUUGAUAAAGUGGUGACCCUCGCCCCGUCCUUGUUUGUGAAUGAGUGAGCAUUUCAUGGAAGCUGCUUUUAUACCCAAUCAUGGCACCCAUCUGUUCCCAAUUAGCCUGUUCACCUGUAGGAUGUUCCAAAUAAGUAUUUUAUGAGCAUUCCUCAACUUUCUUACUAUUUUUUGCCACUUGUGCCAGCUUUUUUGAAAGACGUUGCAGGCAUCAAAUCCCAAAUGAGCUAAUAUUUGCAAACAACAACAAAGUUUCUCAGUGUGAACAUGAAAUAUCUUGUUUUUGCAGUCUAUUCAACUGAAUAUAAGUUGCAAAGGAUUUGCAAACCAUUGUAUUCUCUUUUUAUUUACCAUUUACACAACGUGACAACUUCACUGCUUUUGUAAAAUUGGAGAUUUCCACUUCAAGUAUCCAUGCUACAUCUACACAUCUUUGGGUUGUAACAAACAUGUCAGAAUAGUUCAGCCCUAAUGUUGAGUUCAUACCAAAAAGUUCUAGUUUGGUUUCAUCUGACCACAUGACAUUCUCCCAAUCCUCUGCUGUAUCAUCCAUGUAUCCAUUUUGGUAUAAACUCAACUCGUCGUGUUUGGAGGAAGAAGAAUAUUGAGUUGCAUCCCAAGAACACCAUACCUACUGUGAAGCAUGGGGGUGGAAACAUCAUGCUUUGGGGCUGUUUUUCUGCUAAGGGGACAGGACGAUUGAUCCGUGUUAAGGAAAGAAUGAAUGGGGCCAUGUAUCGUGAGAUUUUGAGCCAAAACCUCCUUCCAUC